ACAUGAGCACAUAUACACUGUCCCCACUCCACCAUCUCCCUCUCUCCCAUUCAAACAAGAAAAAAACGGGAAUAGCAAACAUACUCUACACACAGCUCCAAACCCAGUACAUCUUCCAUCACCCCUGCAGCUCCUCCAAAAAAAAAGAGUUGCAUCCCCUCCUCCAUCCCCCUUCCUUUACUGUUUUUUUUUCCUCCACGCGUACACGCAUGCAUUCAUACAUACAUACAUACAUAACAUGCAGGACAAUGUAACGAUCGACUAGCCAACCUGAUCUGUAGGUUCGCUCGUCUCUCCCGCAUGCGUGCCGUACAUGCACC